AUGUCAAAAUAUAAGAUUCUAGGAUACAAGGGCCCCUACGGCAAUCAGAGGAAGCGAGAAGCGGAGGGGAGGAGCUAUGUGAGGUACAAGUGCGGCCCCAUGAAGACCAUCCAGGACGUGCUGAAGCAGAGGCCUGGCUGGCUGGAGGUGAAGGAGGAGGAGUGGGACUUCCACUGGUGCGAAGUGAGCUGGAUGCGGGACAACUACGGCCACUCGUCCCUGGAGGACCAUGUGCGGAUAUGCCACUUUGGCAACCACUACGAGCUGACCCGCAAGAACCUCAUGGUGAAGAACCUCAAGAGGUACCGCAAGCUCUUGGAGCGGGAGCUGGGCCCGCAGGAGGCCACCAGGUGCGACUUCUUCCCCUGCACCUUCGACCUGCCGUGCGAGUACCACCUGUUCGUGGAGGAGUACAAGCGCAACCCGGGGAGCACCUGGAUCAUGAAGCCGGCGGCACGCUCGCAGGGGAAGGGGAUCUUCCUGUUCCGCAAGCUCAAGGACAUCAUGGACUGGAAGCGGAGCAGGAGCCGCGCCGAGGAUCCCCGCGACGAGGCGCAGGUGGAGAGCUACGUGGUGCAGCACUACAUCGAGAACCCCUACCUGAUCAACGGGAGGAAGUUCGACCUGCGGGUGUACGUGCUGGUCACAUCCUACGCGCCGCUGAGGGCGUGGCUGUACCGCGACGGCUUCGCUCGCUUCUCCAGCACGCGCUUCUCCCUCAGCAGCAUCGGCGACCAGUACGUGCACCUCACCAACGUGGCGGUGCAGCGGACGGCGCCCGACUACGACCGCGAGAGGGGCUGCAAGUGGCAGAUGCAGCAGCUGCGGCGCUACCUAACGGCACGGCACGGCGAGCCGGCGGUGGACGUGCUCUUCCAGGAGGUCGACAACAUCUUCAUCCGCAGCCUGCUGAGCGUGCACAAGGUCAUCAUCAACGACAAGCGCUGCUUCGAGCUCUACGGCUACGACAUCAUCCUGGACGCUGAGCUGAAGCCAUGGCUGAUCGAGGUGAACGCCUCGCCCUCCCUCACCGCCACCAGCCAGGAGGACUACGAGCUGAAGUACCGGCUGCUGGAGGACACCCUGCACGUGGUGGACAUGGAGGGCCGGCUGACGGGGCGUGAGAAGCAGGUUGGGGGCUUCGAUCUCAUGUGGAACGACGGCCCCGUCUGGCUGGAGGGCGUCGACUCGGAGACACUGGGCAGCUCCCUCUGCACAGCCAAGGCCAACACCCACCUGGGCUGCUUCAACAACAGGAAGAACCAACUCCGACAGCUCCUCAAGCCCUUCUCAGGUCAGAGGGCAACAUGA